AUGGGGUCCGGCCAGAGCUCCGCAAACGGCGGCGGGGCGUCGCAGCAAGCCGCAAAUGCCGCCAUGAAGACGAGCUACUACGAGCUGCUGAGCGUUGAGCGCCAGGCCACCGAGGACGAGAUCAAGAAAGCCUACCGCCGCAAAGCACUCGAGCUGCACCCGGACCGCAACCACGGCAACGAAGAAUGGGCAACCGAGAUGUUCGCCGAGGUGCAGUCGGCGUACGAGGUGCUUUCGGACCCGCAAGAACGCGCCUGGUACGACUCGCACGAGUCGGCCAUCCUCAGCGGCGCCGACCCGGCUGACGCCCACUUCGAGCACGACGUCAAAGUCACCACCGCCGACGACCUCACCCGCAUGCUGCGCCGCUUCAACAGCCGCGUCGAGUACUCGGACGAGCCCGCCGGCUUCUUCGGCUUCCUGCGCGACACCUUCGACACCCUGGCCAAGGAGGAGGCCGUGGCCGCCAUCUGGGACGGCCUGGACGCCCCCGAGUACCCCACCUUUGGCCGCAGCGACUCGUCGUACGAGGACGUCGUGCGCCAGUUCUAUGCCGUGUGGAUGAGCUUCUCCACCCGCAAGUCGUUCGCCUGGAAGGACAUCUACCGCUACUCGGACGCCCCCGACCGCCGCACGAGGCGCUACAUGGAGAAGGAGAAUGCCCGCCUGCGCGACGAGGGCGUGCGCGAGUUCAACGACGCUGUGCGCCAGCUGGUCGCUUUCGUGCGGAAGCGGGACCCCCGUUGGGCGCCCAAUACCCAGACCGAGGCCGAGAGGCAGAAGGCUCUGAAGGAGAUGCGUGACGCCCAGGCCGCGCGCGCCAGGGCCGAACGCGAGGCCUUGAUGCACGAGGAGGUGCCCGAGUGGACGAGGGCCCGGGACCCCGAGGAAUCCGAGGAGAGCGAGGAAGAGGAAAUAGUGGAGGAGCAUUUCGAGUGCGUGGCUUGCAACAAGACUUUCAAGAGCGAAAACCAGUGGCAGGCGCACGAGAAGAGUAAGAAGCAUCAGAAGGCGGUAUAUGCACUGCAGAAGAAGAUGCGGAAGGAAAACAAAAACCUCAAUUUGGACGACGAGGUGCCCAGCAGCGGUGUGGAGACACCCGAUGCUGUUGAAGAAGAAACCAUUGAAGAAAAAGAAGACGAAGCAGAAGCAGAGGAAACGACUCAAGCAAUGCGGAACGUUGAUCUAGGAGGUGAAGACGCAUCCGAGGAAGAGAAACCGUCUGCGAACAACAAUAAACCAAACCCAUCCGGAUCUGAGGAAGACGAAGAGGACGAUGACUAUGUUCCACGGUCGAAACUAGAGUCUAGGCUGGCAGGGGAUGCCGAUUCAGACGAGGGAGAUGAAGACCCGAAGUUGAAGCUUGGCCUGGAAUCAGACGACGAAAAACCGGUUGCAGCGGCCGCACCAAAGAAGGGAAAGGCGGCACAAAAACGAGCAAAGAAAGCAGCAAAACAGGCCGUUGCAGACGAGGAAGAGCUGAAGCACAAGUGUGCCGUAUGUCAAACUGGAUUCGCGUCCAAGACAAGGCUGUUCCAACAUAUCAAGGACCAUGGGCAUGCCGCUCCUGUCACUCAGACGAAGGGAGCCGGUGGCGGUGGAAAGAAGAAGGGGAAAAGAUAG